AUGGAUGCCGUGAUGAUGAAAUUCAUCAAACGUCGUCGGGUUAUCGGUUUUCAGGAGCUCCAGGAGCACGUCGGCGACGAACUGUCCAAUCUCUUCGUCCCCACCACCCACGACAUCAAGACGCGGGUGGAGGAGUUGAUCUCGCGAGGGUUCAUUCAACGGAACCAGCAGGAUUACAAACUUCUGGAGUUUGUACCUUAA